UGCUGACGUCAUCAAUGUGCUGUCCAUGCCCGACGCUGUAGUUCACCAUGCUGUACCACCGUUCGCUGUGUUGGUCGACAAACAAACGGGGACUGAUUUUAAUGAUGACCUUGAUAUACAUUGGCAUUAUGUGGUUGUCUUCAUGGGUAUAUGAAGACGAAUCACGGGUAGAUGAAGACGAAUCAUGGGUAGAUGAAGACGAAUCAUGUUUACAUAUGAAAGUAAAUAACAGUGAUCUCGGGAUACGUAUUCAUUUCUACAAUCCUACACCAUGGCAGGGGCCGGAUACCUUCAACAUGUGUCCACACAAAUGUUCAAUAUCAUUUGGCCGUCAGUGUCAACAUUACUCAUCAAGUCAAUUUGUUGUAUUUGAUGGAAGCUCAUCACUUCCUAAUAAACCCCCUCGAAAACCAGCAGGUCAAAUUUGGAUAUAUCAUGGCAUGGAACCGCCAUUUCUUCAGCCCAGACUACAGAGGUGGAGACGUAAGAUUAACUGGACAAUUUCCUAUAGAAGAGAUGCAGAUUUUACUAAUUUGUAUGGUACAAUGUUGUUUAAAGAUGUGAAAGGAACAGAAAGAGUCAGACUUAAGAGUAAAUGGAAAGAUAAAAUGCAUGGUAAUGCUUGGUUUGUGUCUCAUCCAAGCGUACCGAGCAAACGAGACCAAUACGCAAAGAAGUUGGAUACGAUCCUCAAUGUGGACAUUUACUCGAGAACGGGGCCAAAUAUAUGCCCUACGAAUGAAACAAAAGAUUGUGAGAAGUUAAUAAGUGACAAAUAUAAAUUUUAUCUCUCGUUCGAGAACUCUUUAUGUCGCGAUUACGUCACAGAAAAAUGUUUUAGGAUAUAUGCGGCCCAAGCUGACGUCAUUCCUGUCGUUCGAGGUGUGACGGAUUAUUCUGUGUUUGUCCCCCCAAAUUCCUACAUAGACACAAUCAAAUUCGACAACAUUUCAAGCCUAGCAGCUUUCCAGAUGGAGCUCGCUAAUAAUCAAACUGCAUUUGAAAAUUAUUUUCAAUGGAGACAAUAUUACUAUAACGAACCAACAGGUAACCGCGCCUUCUGUCAGCUGUGUGCUGAAGCCCAUAAAGUUCAAAUCAAACACAGACUGUACGAUAAUCUGGACUCCUGGGUACAUGGGGACAAGAAUAAUCCCAUGUGUCGUGAGGUCUCCGACAUCAAAUAAAGAAUAUCUGAAGGGCAUUUGUUUUUGAUAUCCUGAUAUGUAUAGAAGUAAUAUUUAGAUUAAACGUGAAUAUUUUCAGUUACAAGAACAUGAAAUGAUACAUGUACGUACGAUAUAUAUGUAUCAUUAUUCGACAUGGUAUCCAGUGCAUUCGACCAUGAAAUAUUUUUGUCACGAAUGUUGUCAUAGUAAAUCCAGGCUGCGAAAACUUAAUUUAGAAGAGGAUCA